AUGGAGGGGGAGGCAAAGAUGGGCGAUUCAAGGCCCCAGAGCUCGGAAGAGGCAACAGCAACACUUCGCGCUUGGCGGGCUUGGCGUUCGAAGCACAGGAUGCCGCUGGAGGAGGCUCUGAAAAUCCCUGAGGCGUGGCGCCUCUACAAGGAAAUGCUGCGUCAUAACGGCACUGCGAAAGCUCAUGUCGAAAGCUACGAAGAAUGGCUUGCCAGCACUAAAUGUACGCAACGCUGGGUAGAAUGGAAGCGACGCCACCCAAAGCCACUCCGAGAAGUUCUGUCUGACCCUGAUGCGUGGCAGCUCUUUUACGCAAUGAAGCAAGAGAAGGGCGCCACAGUGCCUCCGACUUACGAAGAAUGGCUUCAGCAGCAAGAUCAACGAAGAAGCUUGGCAUAUGAGUCUUGGGUACAGUGGCGCCGCCAGAACCCAGGACCGCUGACCGAAGUCCUGGCUGACCCCGAAGGCUGGGCCCUUUACAAAGCGAAACGUGCGUCACAGGAUACUAAGUUGCCUGAUACUCAUGAAGAAUGGUGCCGUGAGCCCAAUACAAUUAAAACGGUGGCAAUGGAAGCGUGGACAACGUGGAGGCGCAUGCACCCCGGCGCCUUGCGGAAGGUGCUAGCUGAGCCCGAAGGUUAUAAUUUAUAUAAACGUAUGCUAGAGGCCACCGGAAAACAAGCCGAUCCGACGUACGAGGAAUGGAAGGACCGAAAGGCGAACUCUUCAUGGCAGGCAUGGCGUCGUGAGCAUCCGGGUCCUUUGGCUCGCGUCUUAUCAGAUCCCCGCGGUUGGCAGCUGUACAGGAGUGAGCUGGAACAACAGCAACAGAAAAAUGGCUUAAAGGGCGAACUCCCAGCUAGUUACGAGGAGUGGCUACAGCUGCCGCAGCAACAGCGCACAGCAUCUAAAAAGGACAAACUCGCUGGUAGUGGCGAGUCGGAUGCAAACAAGGACAAGGGUAUCAAGCCCAAGAGCAAGUCAGCAAGCAGCCUGCAGAAGGGUAAGCCACAGACUGCUGCGAUGGAUGCCUGGCUGUCUUGGCUUAGCGCACAGAGUUCUACGGAUCUGACAAAGCUCUUACAGGAUUCGGAAGGCUGGGAGCUGUACCGAGCAGCCAUGAGCAAACCUAGACGGCCGCUUCCUGAGACCUACGAGGGGUUCCGAUCUCUGGAGGAGGCUUCGAACGCAUGGUCAGCGUGGCGUGAAGAGCAUCAUGGUAGCCUCAUCAGUGUACUGGAGAGCAGCGAAGGGUGGCAGCUCUAUUUCGCUCUUAUGAAUGCGAGAGGCGUUUAUAUUCCUCGAACAUACACGGAGUGGCUGCAGCUUCCUGAACAGCGUGUCGCUGUUGCAGCGGCCGAAUGGGUUCAGUGGAGGGAGCGUCAUGCUGAGCAACCACUUCUGCAGUUACUGGGGACUGAAGAAGAAGGCUGGAAGCUGUUUAGAACAUUUAUAGAAGCACUAGGAACCUCUCUGCCUGCAAGCUUUAAGGAGUGGGAACCUGAUGCAGCAGAUUCACUUUCCCAUGUUCAGGCUGCGUGGAGGUCCUCCUCGCGCUGGACUGCUCCGCGCCGAUUGGAGGGGUUCGCCAUCAGACAAGCUAUUGCACAAGUGAAUGGCGAAACCUUUCCUGCGACCUACGAAGAGUGGCUUCGCACACCAAGUUCUAGAUUACGCAGUAGCCAGACACCUUCCUGGAAGUUAUGGAGGCGUCGGCAUCCUGGACCACUGGCUGAAGUUCUAAAGGACCAGGAGGGGUGGAAUCUAUACGUCAGAAAGCUUCAGUUGGGGGGCUCCCCAGUGCCGCUGUCCUACGAUGAAUGGAUGGAGUCUCCUCAGCGUCGAUGCCAAGAAGCCACCAUGAACUGGGCACUAUGGCGUAGGAAAAACAGGGGCCCUAUGGUGGAAGUGCUUCAGGAUCCGGAGGGGUGGAAGCUCUAUAGCGCUAUGAAAGAAGCAACGAGCGGCGCACCCCUUGAGGAGUUCGAGGAAUGGCAAAACUCUGUUGGGGCUCGAAAAAAGGCCCUUCGCGAGUGGCUAGCGUGGAAGAAGCUUCACCCGGGUCCCCGGUAUACCAUCCUCAGUGACCCACUAGGAUGGCGUCUGUAUCGUGCAGCUUUUGCUGGUCAGAAGGCUAUUCCAGAGACUUACGCUGAAUAUAUACAAGCUCGCCAGCCCACAAUUGCAUGGCUUGCGUGGCGCCGUCAGCACCCGGGUCCGUUGUUUUCUGUAUUGGCCGAAGAAGGGGGAUGGCAGGUGUAUAAAGAACACAUGCUCGCUACCGGCAAAUCCGUUCCAGAAGACUUUAAUGAGUGGGCGGAAACCCAUCAAGCAGCACAGGCUAAUGGCAGCUCUAGACGUGGGAAGCGUGCGGGUUCACCUCAUGAGGAUUGCAUUGAGCCACAGCCAGUUACAGCUGAGUGA